UUCUAUGGUUUAGUUUACACCGUAGAAGCGUUUUGCAAACGCUUAUUGUUGUGGCGAUCACUGUAUCAUAUUUAGUAUCAGACAAUUUGUAUAACAGGAUAAUUAUAAUGGUACCAAAAAGAAGACAUAGUAAGUUGUGGAAUUAUUUCGAGGAAUUGAAAUCUAAGCUGGUAAAGUGCACGACCUGUAAAAAAGAAAUUAAGAUACCGCAUCCAACAAGCCGCACAACAAUAUUAAGAGCACAUUUAAAGAAACAUGGAAUAUUUCUCGAUAAUGACACACUACCUGCCGACUUGAGGCAAUAUUACUCAGAGUUACCGAGACAUAAGGCAAAAUGUAAUGACUGUGGUAAAACAAUGUCUAUGUUAACAAAUGUUGGAAAUUUACGAGUACAUUUAGGAAGACAUUGCACAAAAAUCGAGAGUCGAGAUGAACCCAGCACUUCAAGUUCAACGAGUUACGAUAUAGAUCCCAAUGCAGAACAUCGAAAUCAGGAAACAGUUGAUUUGACUCUUCAAUCAUGUGAGCAAUUGAAAAAAGAAACAAGGGCACGUGUUAGAUCAAGCACUUCAAUUUUAACGGGUUAUAAUACGAAUUCUACCGCAGAAUGUUACAGUCAGGAAACAGUUGAUUUAGAUCCUCAAACAUGUAAACAAUCGAGAAAAGAAACAAAGGCAUGUGAUGGGACGGCACCAAAAGGAAAACGCAGAAAGUUGUGGGAUUAUUUCAAGGGAUUGAAACCUUCGCUGGUAAAGUGCACGAUCUGUAAAAAAGAAAUUAAGACACCUAAUCCUCCAACAAGACGCACAAAAAUAAUGAGAGUACACUUAUUAAAAAGACAUGGAAUAUUUCUCAAGGAUGACACUUUCAAACUACCUGAUGACUUGAGGCAAUAUUACUCGGAAUUACCGGGGUAUAAGGCAAAAUGUAUAGAUUGUUGCAAAACAUUGUCUUUUUUAAUAAAUAUAGCACCUUUACGACAACAUUUAGAAAGACAUUCCACAAGAAUCCAGAGUCGAGAUGAUCCAAGCACUUCAACUUCGACAUGUGUUAUGGAUUCUUCUGUAGAACGUCAAAGUCAACAUACAUCUGGUUUGCCCGUUCAAGCAUUUAAAGAAACGACAGAAAAAACAGGCGCACUUAAUGAAUCAAGCUCUUCAAUUUCAACUGGUUAUAAUACGAAUCAUACUGCAGAAUGUCAAAGUCAGGAAACAGUUGAUUUGGCUCUUCAAACAUGUGAACAAUUGAGAAAAGAAACAAGGGCACGUGAUGGACCAAGCAUUUCAAGUUUAACGGGUCAUGAUACAAAUCCUUCUACAGAAUGUCAAAGCCAAGAAUCACCUGGUUUGCCCAUUCUGUUAUCUGAACAAAUAAGAAUAGCAUUGGACACAAUUGAAAGACCAAGAACUUCAAUUACAAUGGGAUUUGAUACGAGACCUACUGUAGAAUGUCAAAGCCAAGAAUCACCUGGUUUGUCCGUUCAAUCAUUUAAAGAAACGGCAGAAAAUGCAGGAAUACUUGAGAAAUCAAGCACUUCAAGUUUAGCGGAUUAUAGAAUGGAUCCUCUUGCAGAACGCCAAAAUCAAGAUACAUCUAGUUUGCCCAUUCAAUUAUUUAAAGGCGCACUUAAUGAAUCAAGCACUUCAAUUUCAACGGGUUAUAAUACAAAUUCUACCGCAGAAUGUCACAGUCAGGAAACAGUUGAUUUGGAUUCUCAAACAUGUAAACAAUCGAGAAAAGAAACAAGGGCAUGUGAUGGGACGGUUACAAUGACAUGGGGAAGAAAACGCAGCAAGUUUUGGAAUUAUUUCGAGGAACUGAAUAAUCCUUCGCUGGUAAAGUGCACGAUCUGUAAAGAAGAAAUUAAGAUACAUUAUUCAAACAGCGUACAAAUAUUCAGAGAACACUUAUUAAUUAAACAUGGAAUAUCUGUCGAUAAUGACACUUACAUACUACCUGAUGUCUUAAAACAAUAUUACUCGGAGUUACCGGAAUAUAAGGCAAAAUGUAAAGAUUGUGGCAAAACAUUUACUUUCUUAACAAGUAUGGUAUAUUUACGAGAACAUUUAAUAAGACAUUCUACAAAAAUCCAGAGUCAAGAUGAGACGGCACCAAAAGGAAGACGCAGAAAGUUGUGGAAUUAUUUCAAGGAAUUGAAACUUUCGCUGGUAAAGUGCACGAUCUGUAAAAAAGAAAUUAAGACACCUAAUCCAACAAUGCGCACAAAAAUAAUAAGAGUACACUUAUUAAAAAGACAUGGAAUAUCUCUCAAUGAUGACACUUUCAAACUACCUGAUGACUUAAGGCAAUAUUACUCGGAGUUACCGGGGCAUAAAGCAAAAUGUAAAGAUUGUUGCAAAACAUUGUCUUUCUUAACAAAUACAGCACCUUUACGACAACAUUUAGAAAGACAUUCCACAAGAAUUCAGAGUCGAGAUGAAUCAAACACUUCAAUUUCAACGGGUUAUAAUACAAAUCCUACCUCAAAAUGUCAAAGUCAGAAAACAGUUGAUUUAGAUCCUCAAACAUAUGAACAAUCGAGAAAGGAAACAAGGGCAUGUGAUGGACCAAGCACUUCAACUUUAGUGGAUUAUAUUAUGGAUAAUUCUGCAGAACGUCAAAGUCAAGACACAUCUAGUUUGCCCGUUCAAUCAUUUAAGGAAACGACAAAAAAAACAGGCGCACUUAAUGAACCAAGCACUUCAAGUUCAACAGGUACCGAUAUGGAUCCGAAUGCAGAACGUCAAACUCAAGAAACAGUUGAUUUGGCUCUUCAAUCUUGUGAACAAUCGAGAAAAGAAACAAGGACAUGUGAUGGACCAAGCACUUCAAGUUCAACGGGUUAUAUUAUGGAUCCUUCUACAGAAAAAAAUGUAAUUCUGCAACAUCAAAACCGGCAGAAUCGUUUUCCGGUAAUAACAUCCGUGCUCUGCGGGAGAUUCAUCUCCAAGGACGCCCUAGCCAAAGUUAGUCGGCUUAAAACAAUACACUCUGCUCCGACGACAGAGAACAACCAUUUACGUCAAAGUCAAAAACAAGAACCACCUGGUUUGCCUGUUCAAUCAUUUAAAGAAGCGAUAGAAAAAACAAGCGAACUUGAUGAACCAAGCACUUCAACUGUAGUGGAUUAUAUUACGGAUAAUUCUGCAAAACGUCAAAGUCAAGAUACAUCUGACUUGCCCGUUCAACCAUUUAAAGAAACUACAGAAACAACAGGCACACUUAAUGAGCCAAAACCUUCAAGUUCAACGAGUUACGAUAUAGAUCCCAAUGCAGAACAUCAAAAUCAGGAAACAGUUGAUUUGGCUCUUCAAUCAUGUGAGCAAUUGAAAAAAGAAACAAAAGCACGUGUUAGAUCAAGCACUUCAAUUUCAACGGGUUAUAAUACGAAUUCUACCGCAGAAUGUCACAGUCAGGAAACAGUUGAUUUGGAUCCUCAAACAUGUGAACAAUCGAGAAAAGAAACAAGGGCAUGUGAUGGGACGGUUAUAAUGGCACCGAAAAGAAAACGCAACAAGUUGUGGAAUUAUUUCGAGGAAUUGAAACCUUCGCUGGUAAAGUGCGCAAUUUGUAAAAUAGAAAUUCAUAUGCCUCAUCCAUCAAACAGCACAGGAAUAAUGAUAAAACAUUUAAAUAGACAUGAAAUAUUUCUCAAUAAUGACACUUUUACAUUAUCUGACGACUUGAGACAAUAUUACUCGGAGUUACCGAGAUAUAAGGCAAAAUGUAAUGAUUGUAGUAAAACAAUAUCUUUUUUAACAAAUAAUGCUCGUUUACGAAAACAUUUAAGAAGACAUUCCACAAGAAUCCUGAGUCUAGAUGAACCAAGCACUUCAACUUUAGUGGAUUAUAUUAUGGAUAAUUCUGCAGAACGUCAAAGUCAAGACACAUCUAGUUUGCCCGUUCAAUCAUUUAAAGAAAUGACAGAAAAAACAGGCGCACUUAAUGAACCAAGCACUUUAAGUUCAACUGGUACCGAUAUGGAUCCGAAUGCAGAACGUCAAAGUCAAGAAACAAUUGAUUUGGCUCUUCAAUCUUGUGAACAAUCGAAAAAAGAAACAAGGACAUGUGAUGGACCAAGCACUUCAAGUUCAACGGGUUAUAUUAUGGAUCCUUCUACAGAAAAAAAUAUCUCUUUACGUCAAAGUCAAGAACAAGAACCACCUGGUUUGCCUGUUCAAUCAUUUAAAGAAGCGAUAGAAAAAACAGGCGCACUUGAUGAACCAAGCACUUCAAAUGUAAUGGAUUAUAUUACGGAUAAUUCUGCAGAACGUCAAAGUCAAGAUAUAUCUAGCUUGCCCGUUCAACCAUUUAAAGAAACUACAGAAACAACAGGCACACUUAAUGAGCCGAGCACUUCAAGUACAGCGAAUUAUAAUAUAGAUCCCAAUGCAGAACGUCAAAGUCAGGAGAUAGAUGAUUUGGUUCUUCAAUCUUGUAAACAAUCGAGAAACGAAACAAGGGCACCUGAUGGACUAAGCAUUUCAAGUUCAACGGGUUAUGAUACAAAUCCUUCUGCAGAAUGUCAAUAUCUAGAACUACCUGAUUGGCCCGUUCAAUCAUUUGAACAAGUCACAGAUGGAACGAGCGCACUUUAUUCAUAUUGGUUUUAUUAUACAAUACCAAACAAUUCAAGUUCACCGUGUUAUAUUACGGAUCCCAAUGCAGUAGGUCAAAGUCAGGAAACAGUUGAUUUGACUCUUCAAUCAUGUGAACAAUCGAAAAAAGAAAUAACGACACUUGAUGGACCAAGCACAUCAAUUACAACAAGUUUUGAUACGAAUCCUACUGCAGAACUUCAAAGUCAAGAAUUACCCGUUCAAUGUUUUGAACAAACGAGAAAAGAAACAAGCGCACUUGAUAACACUUCAAGUUCAAUGGAUUAUAUUAUGGGUCCUUCUGCAGAACAUCAAAAUGGAGAACCAUUUGAUUUACCCGUUCAAUCAUUUAAAGAAAAUGCAGGAAUUCUUGAUGAACCGAGCACUUCAAGUUCAGCGGAUUAUAUUAUGGAUCCUUCUGCAGAACAUCAAAGUGGAGAACCAUCUGGUUUACUCGUUCAAUCAUUUGAACAAAUGACAGAAGGAACAAGCGCACUUCAUUCGAAUUGGUUCUAUUAUACAAUACCAAGCACUUCAAGUUCAACGUGUUAUGUUAUGGCUCCUUCUGCAGAACAUCAAAGUGGAGAACAACCUGGUUUACCUGUUCAAUCAUUUGAACAAACUACAGAAGAAACAAACGCACUUUAUUCGUAUUGGUUUCAUCAUACAAUGUAAUAAAUUCCUAACUAAUUAAAUAUUGAUUUUUCUACACAAAUAUAACUUACAAGUGUGAAAAUUUUUA